GCCAUCUUGUCUCAGUGUCUGGCUUGGCGACGAAGCUGCUGGUUGGCCGUGUGGGUCCGUGAGUGGAAGGCGCGCCGGCUCUUUUGUCUGAGUGUCCCCCGGUGGCUCGGUCCCAGGCCGUCCAGUGAUUUUCCCCCCUGGGCAGUCCGCAGAAGCCUCAGUGGCCGCCCGUGCUCUCACUCUCGGCUUAGUCCCCGCGCCGGGAAGGACCGAAGCCCGCAUCACGCCCCUCUGCCCCCGCCGAGUCCCUUCUCUGUCGCCGCGUCCGAAUCGGGUUCCCGGAAUCAGAAGGUGCCCCAUAGAUGGCCAGCUUUCCCCCGAGGGUCAACGAGAAAGAGAUCGUGAGAUCGCGUACUAUAGGGGAACUUCUAGCUCCGGCAGCUCCUUUCGACAAGAAAUGUGGUGGUGAGAACUGGACUGUAGCUUUUGCUCCAGAUGGUUCGUACUUUGCAUGGUCACAAGGAUAUCGCAUAGUGAAGCUUGUCCCGUGGUCCCAGUGCCUUAAGAACUUUCUUUUACAUGGUUCCAAGAAUGUUACCAAUUCAAGCUGUCUGAAGUUGACAAGACAAAAUAGUAAUGGUNGUCAGAAAAAUAAGCCUCCUGAACACAUUAUAGACUGUGGAGACAUAGUCUGGAGUCUUGCUUUUGGGUCUUCAGUUCCAGAAAAACAGAGCCGCUGUGUUAAUGUAGAAUGGCAUCGGUUCAGAUUUGGACAGGAUCAGCUGCUCCUUGCUACAGGAUUAAACAAUGGCCACAUCAAAAUCUGGGAUGCAUAUACAGGAAAGCUCCUCCUUAAUUUGGUAGACCACAUUGAAGUGGUCAGAGACUUAACCUUUGCUCCAGAUGGGAGCUUAAUACUUGUAUCAGCUUCAAGAGACAAAACUCUCAGAGUGUGGGACCUGAAAGAUGAUGGAAACAUGAUGAAAGUCUUGCGGGGACAUCAGAACUGGGUGUACAGUUGUGCAUUCUCUCCCGACUCGUCCAUGCUGUGUUCAGUUGGAGCCAGUAAAGCAGUUUUCCUUUGGAAUAUGGAUAAAUACACUAUGAUAAGGAAACUGGAAUGACAUCACCAUGAUGUUGUAGCUUGUGACUUUUCUCCUGAUGGAGCAUUGCUAGCUACUGCAUCUUAUGAUACUCGUGUGUAUGUCUGGGAUCCACACAAUGGAGACAUUCUGAUGGAAUUCGGGCACCUGUUUCCCCCACCUACUCCAAUAUUUGCUGGUGGAGCAAAUGACCGAUGGGUACGAGCUGUGUCUUUCAGUCAUGAUGGACUGCAUGUCGCAAGCCUUGCUGAUGAUAAAAUGGUGAGGUUCUGGAGACUCGAGGAGGAUUGUCCAGUACAAGUUGCACCCUUGAACAAUGGUCUUUGUUGUGCCUUUUCUACUGAUGGCAGUGUUUUAGCUGCUGGGACACAUGACGGAAGUCUAUAUUUUUGGGCUACUCCAAGGCAAGUCCCUAGCCUUCAACAUUUAUGUCGCAUGGCGAUCCGAAGAGUGAUGCCCACCCAAGAAGUCCAGAAACUUCCGGUUCCUUCCAAAGUUUUGGAGUUUCUCUCCUACCGGGUUUAGAAGGAAGACUGCCUUUCCUGGUGGGGCCUGACAGAACACUUUUACAAGACACACCUCAAGCUUUACCAACUUAAGCAUUUGUUCAUAAAGGCUCGGAAGAUUUAUUUAAUUUGAUUGACUCUUAUACUUCAUUUCUUUUGUUAGUUGAACUUUUAAAGCAUUAUUUAUAGACCAUAGGAGAAAUAUUUCUGAACAUAUCAUGUAAUUUUUUUUAAAGAUUAACUGUGAAAACAUAUACAUACCUGUACAUAUUUAGAUACAAGCUGCUAUGUAUUGAAUGGGCCCUUUUAGUUUUCUAACUCUUAGUCUGACCUGUAUAUAUUGCUUCAGUAGAGCCAUGGUGUAUAUAUGUGCUGUUUGUUGGAACAAAUUUAGUGGAAUUUUUGUUCUCUUGUAUUGGGACACUGAGUUUCGAUGAUGCUGAAUUAAAGCAGAAUUGCCUCAUAGGAAAUGGGAUUGGUUAGGAUGGGUGGUGUCGAACUGCCUGGUAAAAGAGAAUUUUUGUAUAUGGCAAAGAUUUUCUGCAAGAAUGGUGUCAGGGAAUUUGAAUGUGACAUUUAAAAAAAGAGCCAGUAAAAAGGUAGCUAGAAAAGUUGUUUCUCUUUAGGCCUUAAUUUUGGAAAGCAGCUACUUACCCCUCAGAGAAUAAAGUAUUAUGCAUUCUUGUCAGUUUGAAAAAUACACCUAUUGCAUUAUUGAUAAAUAUUUUGUUAAUACUAAGGGACAGUUAUUUUAAGGUUUUUUUUUUUUUUCCAAGAAACAAACACAUACUCUGUUUCUGCAGAGAAUAUUGGUGACUUACCAAAGAGAAGCAAUAAAAUGUGUCUGCUUUUGCCUUAUGUUAUUUAUCUUAUCUGCAGAUGUUGAGAAUGUAUGCAUUAUGUAAAAUGUUUGUUUUAUAUCUUUGUUGAGUUUUUUUAAUUAAAAGAUAUAAAAAAUAA